AUGCCCUUGCCUUCUAUGCCUUCUGUGCAGUUGCGCAGCCCCCAUGGUGUUGAUGAAUUAGUAUAACUAGCAGCCAGUCUGAGGCCAGCACUCUGUGAUGCUGUGAUCAGUGUGGGGAUAGAGGAGUUCCCAGCCCACAGCCUGGUGCUGGCCCGCCUGAGCCAGCAGCUGGGUAGGAGAGGCCAAUGGACAUUAAUUGAGGGGAUCAGCCCUCCCAUCUUUGCCCACCUUUUGCACUUUGCUUAUGGUGAGACCCUGGAGGUGAGGCCUGGGGAGCUGGGUCCUCUCUGGGAGGCAGCCUAGGCCUUAGGAGUAGAGACCCUCGAAGUAGAAUGCAGGAGGGUUCUUGGAGAAGAGGUUGAAAAGGGAUAUCAGGAACUGAAGCAACAUCAGGAAAAGCCAGAGGAGCCAACUGGAGAGCCAGUCUCACUGCAAGGCAGCGCCAGCACUAGGCUCUGGUGCCAGGAGGCCCAGACUAUCCUAGGGGGUGUCCUGCUGCUGUCCCCAAGGUAUGGAUCCCCCUUCUCCCAUAGCACCCCCAUCCCUGAAGCCUGGAGGGAAAUGUGGUCUCAGGAACAGAGGCCAAGUGCCCUAGGUGGGUAUGUGGAAGAGCUUCUGCCUUGGGCAGUGCCCUGUGCCCCCACUCUGUUCCCCGUAGGAUCCCUCCAAGUGAGGCCUGCUCAGCCCAGUUCUCAUGAGAAGAGAGUCUCUGACCAGAAGGCAGUGCAGGUGAGAGUAGGAGUCAGGGAGGGCUUCCCUGGGCUGGGCCAGGUGCCUGCGGGCCCCCACCCCCACCUCACCCCCAGGGGCCUCGUGCCUAGCCUGCACCUUGGCAGGAGGCCCCCCUUGGGCUUCAGGGCCCCGGGCCUACCCCUGUCCGGCCUGGGGAAGAGGUUCUCCCUCAAGCAUCAGAUGGAGACUCACUACAGAGUGCACACAGGGGAGAAGCCUUUCUCCUGCCGCCUCUGCCCCCAGCGUUCUCGGGACUUCUCUGCCAUAGCCAAGCACCUCAGGACACACGGGGCAGCCCCUUACCGCUGCCCCCUGUGCCAGGCUGGCUGCCCCAGCGUGGCCGCUAUGCAGGACCACAUUCGGAGUCAUCCACCGGGACAGCUGCCGCCUGGAUGGAGCAUCCGAUCCACUUUCCUCUAUUCCUCCUCUCCUUGUACCACCUCCUCCUCUUCCUCCCCUUCUCCAUCUCCUUCUCCGGCCACCUGA